CAUGUUUCAGUUUGUUCUCCUAGGAUUUGUAUCAAUUUACUUUCUUUAUCUGAUCAUAAGGUAUAUAACCAAACCAAGAACCAACGCACCAGGACCAAAGGGAUGGCCAUUACUAGGAAAUGCCUUAGAAUUCGACAUAGAAAAUUUACCCGUGCAGAUGGCAAAAUGGGUAAAUAGAUAUGGGGAUGUCUUUAAAAUAAACCUUUUUGGAGAUGAUAUCGUCGUCAUCAGUGGGGAGUUAUGCUAUGAAGCUCUUGUUAAACGUGGUGACGAUUUUGCAGGACGACCAAUCCGUAAUCGCGGUGAUUGGGUGACAGAAAUGGGUGAAGAUAUAGCAUUUGCUGAUACGAGCCCAGAGCAGCAAAAACGAAGGAAGAUUGCUCACAGUGGCUUAAAGCAGUAUGGAACUGGAAUGGCUCAUCUGGAAGAAGUAAACGCCAAAGAGAUCAAAGAUUUCUUGAAAAUAGUGGCGGACAAGAAAUGCUCUCCGUUCGAUCCCCGUGCCGACAUUUACAAGUGCGUCAUCAAGAUCAUUACUUUAUUGCUUUUUGGAGAGGCUAUGACGAAGGAAGAUGACAUCAAGACAAUUGCAGAGUUGGAUGAAACUAUCGAAAGAGCCGUUGGAACAGGGCAAGGAUUUGAGCUUGAUCAUUUCCCUUGGCUUCGGUUCUUUGGGAACAGCACAUACGAAAUCAUAAAGCAUUUCAACACCGUUCGAACUAGAUUACUUGAUAGGUGGCUCCUGGGCUCAAAGGAUACGAUGGAGAAAGGAAAGAUUCGGGGUAUGGUCGACUGGUUACUUGUAUCGCAGGAGAACGAACCCACCAUCUCCGAUACCAAUGUUCGCAUGAUGAUCCAGAAUAUUCUUUUAGCAGGCAUCACAACAACAGAGAGCACCAUUGAAUCAGGAAUUCUAGUAUUGAUGAACUAUCCGGAUAUUCAAAAGAAAAUCCAAAUGUCUAUUGACGCAGAGCUUGGGACAGAAAGGUUUCCCACAUUGGAUGAUAGAAGCAACCUCCCGUACGUCGAUGCAUUCAUACUAGAGACCAUGCGCUAUACAUCGGUUGUCCCAUUUACUUUACGCAAAUCUACAAAGGAUUCUAAACUGGGGAAUUAUUUUAUUCCAAAGGAUACACAGGUUUGGGUGAAUCUGUUUUGUCUUCACCACGAUGAGCGCUACUUUGCUGAUCCAUGGACAUUUAAACCAGAACGUUUCCUUGACCAGAACGGUGACGUUAUUCCAGUCGAUCAAAGAAAGAUGCUGAUGCCAUUUGGAGCAGGAAGACGUGUUUGUGUCGGUGAACAGUUGGCGAGGGCACGAUUAUUUCUCUUCUUUACUGCGAUGUUGCAGAAGUUUACCUUUCUUCCGCAUGAGGGCGAUAAAUGCCCAUCAUGUGACCCUAGGGGAUAUACGACUGGACUUUUGUUACGACCAAAUAAUUAUAGAGUUCGAGCAAUCCUGCGCAUUUGAAUCAAUAGUGGAUACUUUAAGCUAGCAUACGUUUCGAUUUUAUAUGCAUUGCUUAAAUUCUCCAUUAAAUCGAAACGGCAACGUAGACGUAUAAUCGCCCAAAUGCAAAUACAUGAUGAAGUUGAAAUAGCUGUUCGAGCUUUAGUGUUUGUUUAGAAUACACCGCAUAAUGUAAUUAUAUGCAGCAUGUUAUACGCCAUUGAUAGUUCUAUAGCUGGUUUUCUGAUACAUGUUUUAAUUAAGCUCGUUUGAUAAGAUAGUCGGAGCUAAAACAUAUCAUGACAAACAUCA